AGUUUUGCGCAAGAAGGGGGAACUUGUCUUUGCUAAAAUCUUGAGGCGAACUUUAUGUGGUAGUUUUGCUUUUCCCACAGGUUUCUUCAUCUUCAGAGGGCCUUUGGACCUGUGUGACCACUAUGCCCACUUACACAGUGACUGUGUCCACAGGGAGCCAGUGGUUUGCGGGGACGGAUGAUUAUAUCUACAUUACACUGGUGGGCACAGAGCGGUGCAGUGAGAGAACGCUGCUGGACAAACCUCUUUACAACGACUUUGAGAGGGGGGCGGUGGAUUCCUAUGAUGUGAGGGUCGGGGAGAACCUGGGAGAGAUUGUGUUGGUGAAGAUCGAGAAAAAGAAGUACUGGGUGCAUGACGACUGGUACUGCAAGUACAUCUCAGUCAAGACCCCAGAUGGAGACUACGUGGAGUUCCCCUGCUUCCGCUGGCUGGUGGAUGACAAGGAAGUGGUGCUGCGGGAUGGAAGAGCACAUCUGCCUCAGGAUGACAAGACCAGCCUGGUCAAACAGCACAGGCAAAAAGAGCUGGACAUGAGAAGAAAAACCUACAAGUGGAAGGAGUGGCAGCCAGGCUUUCCUAUGAGCAUAGAUGCCAACAGACACAAGGACUUGCCGCGGGACAUCCAGUUUGACAGUGAGAAGGGAGUGGACUUUGUGCUGAACUACAGUAAGGCAAUAGAGAACCUGUUUGUGAACCAGUUCAUGCACAUGUUCCAGUCCUCCUGGAGUGACUUUGCUGACUUUGAGACGAUCUUUGUGAGAAUCAAAAACACAAUCUCAGAGUAUGUGAUGCAGCACUGGAAGGAGGACUUCAUGUUUGGGUACCAGUUUCUAAACGGCUGCAACCCCGUAAUGAUCCGAAAGUGCACCAAACUUCCUGACAAGUUUCCCGUCACUCAUGAGAUGGUGUCUGUCAGCCUGGAGAGGGAACUGACUCUGGAACAGGAAAUAGAGGCAGGUAACAUCUACAUAGUAGACUACGACUUGUUGGAAGGCAUCAGCCCUAACUGCACAGACCCCUGCACACUGCAGUACCUGGCAGCUCCCAUCUGUCUGCUCUACAAGAACGCCCAGAACAAGAUCCUGCCCAUAGCCAUACAGCUUGGGCAGACUCCAGGUGAAGACACCCCAAUCUUCCUGCCCACUGAUGGUCAGUACGACUGGCUGCUGGCUAAGAUCUGGGUCCGCUCAGCCGACUUCCAGUACCACCAGACCAUCACACACCUGCUCAGGACUCAUCUGAUGACAGAGGUGUUUGCUAUCGCCAUGUACAGGCAACUCCCUGCUGUUCACCCUGUGUACAAGCUCAUUAUCCCACACAUUCGUUUUACCAUUGCUAUCAACACCAAGGCCAGAGAGCAGCUCAUCUGUGAGUGUGGCAUCUUUGACAAGGCGAACGCAACAGGUGGAGGUGGUCACGUCCAGCUGGUUCAGAGGGCCGUGAAGUCUCUGACCUUCAGGUCUCUGUGCUUCCCGGAUAUGAUCAAGUCCCGCGGUGUGGACAACAAGGAGGAGCUGCCCACCUACUUCUACAGAGACGACGGCUACAGAGUGUGGGAGGCCACCAAGAGUUUUGUGUCUGAUGUGGUGAACAUCUACUACAAAAGCGAUGAGACAGUGCAGGGAGACGAAGAAAUCCAGGCCUUCAUUAAAGAUGUGUGCAGCUUCGGUAUGCAGGACUUCGAUUACUGUGAGUUUCCCAAGUCUCUGAAAUCACGUGAGGAGUUGAUAGAGUAUCUGACCGUCAUUGUGUUCACUGCCUCAGCUCAGCACGCAGCGGUCAACUUUGGACAGUAUGACUGGUGCUCCUGGAUCCCCAACGCUCCAUCCACCAUGAGGAGGCCCCCACCCAACCAGAAGGGCCUGGCAAAUGUGAACUUGAUCAUCGAGAGCCUCCCUGAUCGCGGACGUUCCAGCUGGCACCUGGGGGCCGUCUGGGCUCUCAGCCAGUACCAGGAGGCCGAGCUGUACCUGGGCAUGUAUCCUGAUGAGCACUUUGUAGAGAAGCCAGUGAAGGCGGCCAUGGAGAGGUUCAGGAAGCAGCUGGCAGAGAUAAGCAGCUCCAUCAAGAGGAGGAAUGAGGGAAAGAAGCUGCCGUACUACAACAUGUCCCCUGACAGAAUUCCAAACAGUGUCGCUGUUUGAGGAAUAAAAUCCGGUCUCUACUUCAUAUGUUGCAAAUAGCACAUCGAGAAUAUAUCUGAGUUGUCCAAAUAUGCUGUGAGAAACCUACAUUUGUCACCCGAGUGUGGGGUUUUGUGUAUAUUUAAAUGUGUAUGUGCUGACGAAAAAGCCAAUUUGCCAUCCUCAACUUUGCUUCUUAAAUUUUUUUUGGACAUUUAUUUGUGUGAAACUGGUCAAAAUGUUGUUGCAUUGAGUCAGCAAAUAAAACAUUUUCAUUUGUA